AUGAGGAAGAAGGUGGAUUCGCGGAUCCGCACGCUAGUGGAGAACUGCGUGAAGCUGCACCAGCGGGCGAUGUUCGUGGUGGUGGGAGACAAGGGGCGGGACCAGGUGGUGAACCUGCACUACCUGCUGAGCAAGACGCUCGUCGCCAAGCGGCCGUCCGUCCUGUGGUGUUACAAGAAGGAGCUGAUGCUGAGCAGUCACAAGCUGAAGCGCCAGAAGCAGCUCAAGAAAAUGGUCCAGAGGGGCCUUCUGGAUCCAACCAAAGAGGACCCCUUCGUAAUGUUUGUGGCCUGCACAGACAUUCGCUACUGCUACUACCACGAAACUCACAAGAUACUGGGUAACACGUUUGGAAUGUGCGUACUACAGGAUUUUGAGGCCUUGAACCCCAACCUCCUGGCCCGCACCAUGGAGACAGUGGAAGGCGGGGGCAUGGUCAUCCUGCUGCUGUCAACUCUCACCUCCCUGACUCAGCUGUACAACUUGACCAUGGAUGUGCACUCUCGCUUCAGGACAGAAUCACACCAGAAAGUGACAGGUCGAUUCAAUGAGCGGCUCGUCCUAUCCCUGGCUUCCAACCCCAACUGCAUUUUGAUGGACGAUGAGUUGAACAUCCUGCCCACGUCCACACUCGUCAAAUACAUCCUUCCCAUUCCAACGAAAGCUGAUGGCACGCCACUGAAGGACCCCAGGGAUGCCCAUUCAGCGGAGCUCAAGGAACUAAAGGAGUCACUGAAGGAUGCUGAGUGCAGCCUGCUGGUUCUCUUGUUGCACGGUGUCGUACACUCGACCAGGCAAGGGCUGUGGUGA